CCUGAGUAAUCUCUUGCUUCUACUUACCAAGGACCCGCUGUGCGGUUGCUCUGGAGCCUGUGGAUACCUUGCCAGUAUUCUUUCCAGUAAAAGUGACGGCUUCAUUCUUUAACAAUUGUAUGGGUGGGCGGGUGAUGAGGGUAUGCGAAUACUGACUUGGAAUAUUAAUGGGAUCCGAACGAUACCCCAAUAUCAUCCAUGGAAUACACUGAAGACGCAGGAAGCGAUUUUGGACCAUCUGGAUGCCGACAUCAUAUGUUUCCAAGAGAUGAAAACUUCGCGUCAAAAUCUCAGCAAGGACAUCGCGACGCCAGAGCCCUACACGGCUUUCUUUUCUUUUCCUGCAAAGAAGACUGGGUACUCAGGAGUGGCAAUUUACACGCGUAUUGUACCUUGCAAGGCAGAGGAAGGUCUAACUGGACUGUUGGAUAUCAAACCGCCUCUCACUCACGAGGAGCGAAUUUCGCCUCCCGCUUCUUAUCCGUGUCAUUCGCCUGUUGAGGCUGAGGGCGACAACGAACUAGACCUCAAGGAUUUGGACAGCGAAGGACGUACUCUUGUGCUCGAUUUUGGCAUGUUCGUCCUCAUCAAUGUUUACUGCCCCAACGACGGUACAGACGCAGAAGAUCGUAUCAAGUACAAGAUGGAUUUUCACCGAUUAUUAUCGGAGCGAUCAGAACAACGAGAGGUUAUUGUCGUUGGUGAUCUUAACGCGUGCGCGUCGUUAAUUGAUCAUUGCGAGGGAGAAAUCAUGCUAAAGAAGCUGAAAAUCAAAGGUGGAGGAGACAUGGCUGUUGCAGAAGAGGCAUUUUGGGCAGAGAAAGAGGGCAGGAAUUGGUUGAGAGAGUGGCUUGCUGAGGGAGGGGGACCUAUGGUCGAUGUGGUAAGGCGGCAGUGGCCUGAUAGGAAGGGGAUGUUCACCUGCUGGAAUACCAAGAUAUCUGCCCGGGCAUCGAAUUAUGGGACACGCAUAGACUACAUUCUCGUCACCCCCGGCCUACUUCCAUGGGUCAAAACUGCGGAUAUACAGCCUCAUGUCAAGGGAAGUGAUCACUGCCCAGUCAUGCUUGACCUUUAUGACGAACUACCCGACUCGGAGGGUCCGCGUCUGCUUCAGCAUAUGUUGACCACCAAUGCUGUUCAAGUGCCCAGACUUUCCUCCAAGUAUUGGGACGAGUUUUCUGGGAAACAGCGUUCCCUUGAUACAUUCUUCGGGCAAAAGGCUCCGACACGUAAAACUGCUGGUAGCACACAGCCAUCAUCGCCACUCUCCCUUUCACCCUCCCCGCCACCGUCAUCUCAACUGUCCUCGCAGGCCUCGUCAUCAAAAAGUAUAGGGUCGCAGCCUAUACCGGUCAAGCGUAAGCAAACCCAGUCGCAAGUUUCCUCCAGUUCCAAGAAGGCGAAACCCGAUCCUGAAGGACAAACAAAGCUUUCGUCAUUCUUUAGCAAGCCAAAGGAGCCAACGAAACCGAUUGUAGUGCAAGACUCUGAUGAUGAUAACAUUGACGAUGAAGAUUACCGGUUGGCAGUGAGACUCUCACUCUCAGCCGACACGAAGACGGCAUCCCCGUCUUCGUCAAAGAGCCACAAUGCAUGGAAAGCACUCCUGGCACCCAUCCAGCCACCGCGUUGUCUCGUUCACAAUGAACCUACGAAGGAGUUGACCGUUACGAAGCCGGGAGCUAAUAAGGGAAAGAACUUUUUCAUCUGUUCACGACCUGUGGGCCCGGGUUAUGAUAAGGGAAAAGCUGAGCGAGAUAGAGAAGACGUGGAUCCGAGAUAUAAAUGCAACUUUUUCAAAUGGUCCAGCGAGGUCAAGAGGGAGGCUUUGAGGAAGGAGGUAUGAAUUGUAUGGUUUUUUUUCUUGGAUGUAUACACAAUUUCUAUCCACUGUCUACUUAUACACUCUUUCAACUGCGCUAUUGUUGGAAGUAAUCUGAGUGGGAUCGGUCCGAGUAUCCGAGAUUAGC